UCACAUUACCGCAAGUCAAACCAACAGCAAAGUAUAAUUUUUUACCCAGAUUAGAUUGUAAACAAUAAAUGUGAAUAGUCUUCACUAUGAUAGCUUAAGUCUACAAGAAUCUCAAGCAAAGUAAGUGACGAAAUAAACCAGAAAAAUAAAUAUUAUAAGAACAGUAGAAGGAUUCAAUAAACCUAAUCCCUUCCCUCUCUCAUCCUAAAAUUUUCUUUCCCAAAAUUUCCCUCCCGAAACCACCCCAAAGACCAGAUCUUAACAGAGAAGAUUCCAGCAGAAAAACUUUAGCCUAUCAUCUUCUCCGAUGAUAUUAUUGGAUAAAAUUUUCAGGCUAAACAAGUCUCUCGUUGAAGCUGACGUUAUCCAGUAAAUAUUCAUUGUUAUGUUCCUACGCCGGUGUCGAGGACAAUAUUAUGACAAUAUGGUUGAGGAUGGGUAAGAGAAAAAAAUGGGAUGGGGGAGGUUGGAGACAGUAUGAAAGAGGGUGGAGAAAAGGAGGAGCGAAAGGGGGAGCUGGAGAGCUUGGAAAGACGAUUUUUCUUUUCUUUUUUUUUUAAUUGUAUUUUACUUUUAAUUCAUUUUUUCUGAUUUUAGAUUUUUAAAAUUAAAAUAAUCAUGUUCACACGUGCUUCAUAGGUGUGAUUAACACUCAUUUUCGCGACAUCAGCUAUGUCCUUGCCAUAUAAGCAUGGUCAUAUUUAAGUAUUUAAAUUAGAAUAUUGUUUUGUUCCUACUUAUUAGAAGAGGGAACACAGGCACCUCUCCGUCAACGUGUGUGUUCCCUUGAAUAUUUAACUUUGUCUGGGGUAUGUUUGUAAUUUCAUUAAUUUACAGCUCAAGUGUUGACUCUUUCUGCCGUUAGCCAACGCGUGACCUCCCAAUUCUUCAAACCUAAAACCUCCAUUCAACACAACCUACUCCACAUCUGUUUGCAAUAACCAAAAAUUGCCGAAGGAAGGAAAGAGGACAUCAUCAAUUGCCCCAAAAUUUAGCAGACUUCACCUAAUAAUUCAACGAAAUUACAACACUUAGCCUUUUCCGAUUCUCAUCUACCACAAAGAGCAGUUAUCUUGCGUUAAUAAGCUUGUGAAACAAUGUAUUCCGGCCAAAGAAACAAACGGCCAUAUGCAGAACAUACAAACUCUGACAAGAAUGUAAGAAGACGUCAUAUUUAUUGACAAAUAUUGCCUGAUAAAAAAGAGGCAAUGUUACUACAACGUCGCACCAAAGAACUUGAACGGCAAAAAUGGAAUAGUUCGAUAAAAUCGACAAUUGAUCCAGAUGAAAAAGUAAUAUAUCAAUGUUACCCUAUGAUUCGAAAACAUAUUGCUCUUAUCAUAAGAGAGCCUUCUUCUGCCGACGUCCAAGUUGGCAGCAACCAUGAUGUUAAUACUUUCUCAAGUUCUUUUGAUAAGGGAAAAAAUGUCGCUCAUCCGUUUUCUGUAUUUGAAAGAGGAUCAACAUCGCGUGCAUCUAAGGGACAACAAAAUUUGUUCCCCGAUGCCACAGGCAAAGACUUGUACACAGGUAACACUGAAGAAGCUAAGCACUUUCGAACCUACAUUAGAGCAUACAACAAUAUGUUUGCCUUUACGUCACUUGGUGUAACCAAUGAUAAAGAUUUAGCGAGGAGAUAUCAUGGUAUAUAUACGUUUCGAGUUCAGGGACAAAUGUAUCAUUUUAUACCCGGUUUACUUCCUUUUGAUAAAAAAGGAAAGAAUAUGCAAUUAUACUUUUAUGAUAACGAAAAUGAACUUGCUAACAGAAUGGCUUGUUCAAGAAAUAUUAACGAAUCAAUUGUAAAAAGGCUUAUGCAUGUGCUCUCAAUUAAUCCAUAUUCCAUUUUCUUAAAAUCCUUGACAAACGUUCCGAAACUAUCUGAUUGCUAUAUCGCGCUUAAAUGUGAACCAAAGUCAGAUCAACGUGUAUAUAAUCUACCAACUACAACAGAGGUAGCUGGAAUAUGGGUACAUGAUAAUGCUGUCGAUAUUGUUUCUACGCCUCAUAUUCGUAUUUACACACAUAGUGACAAGACUCAAUCAGUAAACUAUUAUUAUGGAUGUUAUGAUGCAUUACAAUAUCCGUUAUUAUUUCCAUACAGUCAAAACGGGUGGCAUUGUGGUAUUAAAAAAAUUGUACGAACAGAUCAACAUUAUUGUAAAAAUGAAGAAUUACCGAGUGUAAAGAACAUGUGUUCCAUUGAUGGAUUUCUUGAUAUGGAAGCUCAAACUAAGGAAAAAGGAAAACGAAAAAAAGAGAUAGUUUCUUGUCGUGAGUAUUAUUGUUACAAAUUUCAGAUAAGAGAGGAUGAAAAAAAUGAGGUCCUACAUUGUGGAAGAUUAUUUCAACAAUUCAUAGUAGAUGUGUUCAUAAAGCUAGAAACACAAAGAUUAGAUUUUUAUUUUUUUAAUCAAGAUUUGUUUCGAAUGGAUGUGCUACAAGGACUUAUUAAUUUUUUAAAACUUGGUGAAACAGAAGCUUCCAAGAUUGGCAAGAAAACAUUCCUCCCUGUUACUUUCAUAGGAGGGCCAAGGGAUAUGCGUCGACGGUAUAUGGAUGCUAUUGCAUUAGUGCAACGAUUUGGAAAACCUGAUAUUUUUUUAACUAUGACAUGUAAUCCAUCUUGGCCAGAAAUAAAACAACACUUGUUAUCAACAGAUGAAACUCAAAAUAGACCUGAUUUAGUAUCACGAGUAUUCAGAGGAAAAGUAGAAGAAUUAAAAGCAGAUAUCUUGAAAAAAAAUAUAUUUGGAAAAGUUGCCGCUUUUAUGUAUACUAUAGAAUUUCAAAAACGUGGUCCUCCACAUGCUCAUUUUCUUAUCAUACUUACUUGUGAGUACAAAUUGUUAGCACCUGAAUCUUAUGAUAAGUUUGUUUGUGCGGAGUUGCCUGAUUGUAAUACUGAAGAGCACCUUUAUUCACGUGUGCUUCAACAUAUGAUGCACGGACCGUGUGUUGAUUUAAAUCCUACAAAUUCAUGUAUGGGAAAAAGAGGGCUUUGUAAAUUUAAUUAUCCAAAAGAUUUUGCUGAGCAAACAUCAAAAGGAAAGAAUUCGUAUCCAAUUUAUAGAAGACGAAGCACAGGUAAACUUGUACAUAUAAGGGAACAAUAUUUGAAUAAUUCAUGGGAUGUCCCGUACAAUCCUUACUUACUUUGUAAGUUUGAUUGUCAUAUGAAUAUUGAAGUUUGUUCUGAUAUUAAAGUUGUAAAAUAUAUUUACAAAUACAUUUGCAAGGGACAUGAUAAAAUUGCUUUCUGUAUACAUAACAAUAAUGAAAUAGAUGAAAUAAAAGAAUAUCGAUCUGCUAGAUGGGUAACACCCCCAGAAGCGGCAUGGCGUUUAUUUGGUUUUCCUAUUAGUGAAAUGACUCCGACUGUUUAUCAUCUUCAAUUACAUUCAGAAGGGCAGCAAUUUGUUUCUUUUAAAAGUAGUGAAACUGUGAAUAGAAUUUUAAAUAAUCCGAUGAUUAGAAAAACAAUGUUGACUGAAUUUUUUGCUAUGAAUAGAACUAAUGAACAUGCUAUAGCUAUGCAAUUAUUGUAUAAGGAGUUUCCAGAACAUUUUGUAUGGUCUCCAGGAUAUAGAACGUGGACACGUCGGUAAAAACGUAACGUAAUUGGACGUGUUGUAACAUGUCAUCCAACAGAAGGAGAGAGGUAUUAUCUCAGGUUAUUAUUGAUGAACGUGAGAGGGCCUAAAUCAUAUGAAGAUCUUCGUACUGUUAGCGAGAUACCCUGUAGUACAUUUAGAGAAUCAGCAGAAAAAAGAGGAUUAUUAUACUGUAGCAAUAGUCUAAUUGAAUGUAUGUUAGAGGCUGUUAGCUAUCAAAUGCCAUAUAGCUUGAGACGCUUAUUUGCCACACUGUUAGUAUAUUGCAAUCCUGCUGAUCCAAAAAAAUUAUGGGAAAUGUUUGAAGAUUCAACGUCCGAAGACUUUAAAUAUUUCUUUGAUUUUGAAGAAAAAGGUGUUCGGCAUAAGGUUUUAAGCCAUAUCAAUGAUAUCUUGCACUCUAUGGGACACGACAUAAAUGAGUAUAAGCUUAUUCCAAAGAAUAUUAGAGCUUCCGAAACUGCAAAGGAUGCAAAGGAUAUUCAUUUUGAAAGAAAUAUAAUUGUUAGUGAACAAGACUUACUUUUACCGAAGAGAUUGAAUGUUCAACAAUUACGCUCAUAUAAUACAAUAAUUGAUAGAGUAUUUUCUGGAAAACAAGGAACAUUCUUCGUCGAUGGUCCUGGAGGAACAGGUAAAACUUUUUUAUACCGUGCAUUAUUAGCAACAAUCUAGUCUCAAGGAUUUAUAGCUUUAGCAACUGCAACUUCUGGCGUGGCAGCUUCUAUCCUUCCAGGAGGACGGACUGCUCAUUCACGGUUCAAAAUGCCUAUUGAUAUAGAUGAUAAUUUUCGUUGCAACAUUAGUAAACAGAGUUCGCUGGCAUGUCUAAUUAGAGAUGCGAAAUUAAUUGUAUGGGAUGAGGCAUCAAUGGCAAAAAAGAAUAUGAUUGAAGCUCUUGAUGCACUUCUAAGAGAUAUUAUGGACGUCGAUACAAUGUUUGGUGGUAAAGUUGUCGUAUUUGGAGGUGACUUUAGACAAACUCUACCAGUUGUUCGAAAUGGAAAAAAAAGAAGAUUUUAUUUAUGAAAGCUUAUUGUAUUCUGAAAUUUGGAAUAAGCUUGAGAAAUUACGCCUAUCUGAAAAUAUGCGCGCAAGAACAGAUCCUUUUUUUUGUGAAUAUUUACUCCGAAUUGGAAAUGGAACAGAAAGAACUAACUGUGAAGACAAAAUAGAGAUUCCUGAUUCUUUUGUUAUUCCUUUUACGACUGAAGAAGAAUCCUUAGAUGCAUUGUUUAGUGUAACUUAUCUUGAUUUGCACGCAUUUUCUCCUGAUUCAUCUAUGAUAACCUCUCGUGUUAUUUUAACAACGAAGAAUGACUUUGUAAAUGAAAUAAAUAAUAUGUUGAUCACUAAAUUUUCACAAAGGUCUAAAACAUUUGUUGCAGUAGAUGAAACUAUUGACCCGAACGAUCAAAGCCAGUUUGAAGAUUUUCUACAUAGUUUAGAUCCUCCUGGUUUACCGCCUUAUAAGUUAACUUUAAAGGAAAAUUGUCCUGUUAUAUUAUUACGAAAUCUAAAUCCUUGCGAAGGUUUAUGCAACGGUACACGGUUAACAUGCUGUGACUUUAGAACACAUGUCAUAAGUGCUAAAAUUGAAAGUGGUGAUUUCAAAAAUACACAUGUAUUUAUUCCGAGAAUACCAUUGUUAACAUCACAAGAUGAAAAAAUACCUGUUCAAUUUAAGAGAACACAAUUUCCCCUAAGAUUGUGCUUUGCUAUGACCAUAAACAAAGCUCAAGGUCAAACAUUAGAUUUUGUUGGNUCAAAUAUUAGAUUUUGUUGGAAUUUACUUACGUGAACCUGUUUUUUCUCAUGGUCAGCUUUAUGUUGCUUUAUCAAGAGCGAAAAGUUCAAACUGUGUUAAAAUACUGAUUCGACCAUCUACAGCGGACACUACUGAUGAUCAUUCAACAUAUAAUGUGGUUUAUGACAAAAUUAUUCAGAAAGCUUUCUCGUAGGAGACCUAAUGACCUUUAGUUCAACAAUGAAAAAACCAAGUUUUUAACUCCGCUUGUGUUUCGGUUACACUACUACACCACAGCCGGUCUCAAGCCCGGAAAAAGGAGAAGGGUUUACUGUCUAUCUAUGCUUUACAAUUCUAGUAUGCAGGAUGAUUAGUAAACCAGCAUAUAUUGGAUCUUUCAAAAUCAUUAAG